UUCUCAGCGGUGUUACUGCCACAGCCAUGUUCCGUGCCCUCGUCGUCUUGGCCCUGGCCUCCAGCGCCCUUGCUGGGUUCCUCCAUGGGGGCUACAAUCUCGGCCAUGGUGUCGGCCUAACCAGCUAUGGUCUUAGCCACGGAAUCGGUUACUCUGGCCUCACCGGCUUCGGUGUCGGCCACGGCCUUGCCUAUGGACCAGCCGCCAGCUACGCCGUUGCCGCCCCAGCUCUUGCUGGUGCCGUCUCCACCUACCAUGCUGCUCCAGCCGUGACCGCUGUUCACGCUGCCCCAGCUGUCACUGCUGUCCACGCUGCUCCAGCUGUCGCUACCUACGCCGCAGCUCCGGUAGCCACCGUUGCCGCUGCCCCAGCUGUGUCCCGCGUGACCACCUAUCAGUCCGCCCCAGUAAUCGCCGCCGCUCCGGCCGUCGCAACCGUGGCGGCUGCUCCAGCCGUGUCCCGCUUCACCACCUACCAGUCCGCCCCACUCGUUGCCACUGCUCCAGCUGUUUCCCGUGUCACCUACCAGGCCGCCCCAGCUGUCACUAAGGUCUACCAGAGUGCCCAAGCCGUCGCUGCCGCCCCAGCUGUCUCCCGCGUCACCUACCAGGCCGCACCAGCUGUCACUAAGGUCUACCAGAGUGCCCAAGCCGUCGCUGCCGCCCCAGCUGUCUCCCGCGUCACCUACCAGGCCGCCCCAGCUGUGACUAAGGUCUACCAGAGCACACCAGUCGUCGCUGCCGCCCCAGCUGUCUCCCGCGUCACCUACCAGGCCGCACCAGCUGUCACUAAGGUAUACCAGAGCGCCCCAGUCGCCGCUGCUGCCCCCGCUGUGUCCCACGUCACCUACCAGGCCGCCCCAGCUGUGACUAAAGUCUACCAGAGCGCCCCAGUUGUCGCCGCUGCCCCAGCUGUUGCCACCGUGGCCGCUGCCCCUGCCGUGUCCCGCGUCACCACUUUCCAGUCCGCUCCAGCUGUCGCCACAUACGCUGCCCCAGCUGUCACCAAGGUGUUCCAGUCUGCCCCUGUUGUAGCUGCUGCCCCUGCAGUGGCAACGGUCGCCCACGCUACCCCAGUCGCCACCUACGCCGCUGCUCCAGCUUUCGCCACCGUUCAUGCUGCCCCAGCUGUUGCCACUACCACCGUUCACCAUGCCCCAGCUGUCGCCACUGUCGCACAUGCUGCCCCAGCCUUCGCUGCCUUCCACGCCACCCCAGUCUACGGCUACGGUGUUGGAAGCCUAGGCUACGGCGCUGGUCACUAUGGCCUCGGCCACGGAAUUGGUGUCUACGGCCUGAACUACGGAUAUGGUCUUGGCACUCCCUUCGACUACAACACCCUCGUCCGCAGGAAGAAGUAAAUAAUUCCACUCUUAAGAGGACAUGGUGCGUCGAAAAGGAAAUGAAGAUUAUGCUGUGCUUAGGCUCAGUUGUGCAUAUUGUUAAAUAUUUGUCAAAAUAAAUGUUUCUGU